AUGAGUAACGCGCACGGGGGUAAGAGCGGCGCAAGUGGCGCCAGCAAUAAAGGCAGCAGCAACAGCAGCAGAGAGGCUAAUCUGUAUAGUGGCAGAAAUGGGACCUACCAAAAUGGAAACACCCAACGCAGGAACGGCAAGGAAAACCAAGCCAACGUGUACAGUUACCGAAUGAACGCGACGAGCACCCACUGGCAAGAUGAAAACGAUGUAGGGCAAGCCACAAAUGGGACAGUAGUAGCUGAUGCAGGAGACGUAGGACAAUCGAAUCAUGACGAUGCGUAUGAUGGAAGUUUUAUAAAAAAUGAUGUAUGCAGUUUUGCGAAAAUAAAUAAUGACAAUUCAAACAUUACUAGUAAUGCUACCUCCACGAAUUUUAAAGAAGAAGAAUCGAGCAUAGCAAAUAUUGAAAUGGACACAGAGAAGGCUCGAAGCAUGUACAUAAAGAAUUUACACUCUACGCAAUCGACCAUGAACAUUGAAGGGAAUAAUGAUAAAUAUGACGAGGAGGAUGAAUUGAUAGAAAUGCGUGAUGAAAAUAGCCGAAUAGAGGACUGUGUGUAUAAUUACAAGAAUAAAAGAAUGACCAAGAGUAAACGUAAACAUAACAGAUUGGGGGAUACAAUGGAUCACCAGCUAGCCGAUGAAGAUUAUGGAGACAAUGACAUGUACAACAAUUCAUUUUAUCUGUCUGAAAAUAUAGAAGAACAAUUAUGCACCGAGGACAAGAGUAUGUCGUUUUUGAAAAAACUCAAAAUGUGCUUUAACUAUUUUGGGCCAGGUUGGAUUGUAGCCAUAGCAUAUUUGGACCCAGGAAAUUUGUGCAGCAAUUUAAAUGUAGGGUUAAUUAGAUCACCAGAUAAAAGUUUUAAUAAUGGUAUGAUGAAGGAUUAUACAGGAUAUCAUUUACUAUGGAUUUUGGCAUAUGGUCAUAUUUUAGGUUUUGUUUUCCAAACGCUCUCUAUGAAGUUGGGACACGUGACAGGGUUAGAUUUGGCUUCCAUAUGUAACAAAGAAUUUGAUAAAAAGUAUUCUUACCUAUUGUACUUUUUUGUUCAGCUAGCCAUUUGGGGUGCACACAUGCAAGCCAUUGUAGGUACUUUUGUAGCUAUACAUUUGAUUUUUGGAAUAUCGGUGAAGGUAGCCAUUUUGUAUACCCUAGUGGAAGCACUAGUAUAUAGUUUUCUGGAAAACAAAAGUCUUAACCUUUUAGAAAAUGUGCUAAGUAUGCUGAUCGGACUGUUAGCUCUGUGUUUCAUUUUUAACGUUUUUAUGACCCCAAUUAACUACAAAGAAGUGGCUUACAGCAUUUUGUACCCAAGAAUUCCUCCAGGCAAAGGAUUUGAUGCCAUGGCACUAUUAGGAAGUAUCAUAUCAGCUCAUGUAUUUUAUUUACACACAAAUUUAACAUCCAAGAAGAAGGCCGUAAUAUUUAAUGAUAGAAUGUUACAAAGAUACAACACAUUGGGUACGGUCGAAUCAGCAGGUUCGCUGUUUCUCUCUUGUGUCACCAACUGCAUUAUUGUACUAACCUUUGCCGAAGUUAACAUCAAUGCGCGCGACAGGAAAGAUGCUUACAACCUUUUCACAGCAUACGAAGUGAUGAAAAAAUCAUUUGGGAAAAUUUCUAUGUAUAUAUGGUCCUUUGGUCUGCUAAGUAGUGGAAAUAACUCCAGCUUUAUGUGCGAAUAUGCAUCCAAGUCUGUAUUUGAAGGAUUUUUAAAUAAAAAAGUUAACACCUUUUUACGAGUACUAUCUUUCCGUUUCUUCCUUUUCUCCAUUUUGUAUUUAUUUUUACUAUACGAUAAGUACAGCAUUGACCAAAUGACAAAUUUUAUCAAUGUCAUCCAAGUCCUUCUGCUGCCUCUGGCCAUUGUACCUCUCUACCGAUUUAGUAUUCAUAAAAAUGUGUUAGGAAAAUAUGCUUUAACAAAAUAUUCCAAAGUAUUUAUUUUCAUCAUUGUUAUUUCGAUAAUCAUUGCCAACUUGACGUUGACCCUUUUUGAUUUCCUUCAGAAAGUGCAUAAUGUAUACUCUGUUUCUUUUGCCAUUAUAUUUUCCUUCCUUUAUUUAUCCUUUAUGCUUUUCCUUUUUAAGAUGCCAAUUACGAAGACCUACUGUCGCCUGAGAUGA